AUGUCAGGAACAAACCAGACUCCUUCAUCCGUAACGGAAUUCAUCAUUGUUGGCUUUCCAGGGAUCCAGGGUCAAGAUGCAAAGACGAUGUUGUCUGGAGUCUUCCUGACAUUGUAUUUGCUUACUUUUGUGAGCAAUCUUCUGAUGAUAGUUAUAUUUGCGAUGGAUGAAUCUCUUCACUCACCAAUGUACACGCUCAUCUGCAGUUUAGCUUUUUUGGACUUAAUUGUUGUUUCAGUCACAGUUCCUAAAAUGGUAGCAGUCUUCAUGUUUGAUUUUAACAUCAUCUCGUUUAAUUCUUGUUUUACUCAGCUUUUAUUCCACCAUGGUCUAGUGGUAGCAGAAUCUUUUCUGCUUGGUCUAAUGGCUUAUGACCGAUAUCUUGCUAUUUGUCAUCCUUUGCACUACCCUAACAUUAUGACAAAUUUUGGGGUUGUCAAAAAAAUCAUUUGCUGUUGGAUAGGUGGCUUUCUUGGCCCAACAAUUCCUCUAAUUCUAGCUCUCCGGUUGCCUUUCUGUGGACCCAAUAAAGUUGCCCAUUGUUUUUGUGAUCAUGUCUCUGUAAUACGACUUGCCUGUGCCGAAACUGUUGUCAAUAACUAUGUCGCUCUAUCCAUAUCUCUGUGCACAUUGUUCUUCCCACUACUAUAUAUCCUGUAUUCCUACAUUAAAAUUGUUAAAUCGGUAUUGAAGAUCGCCAGCUCUGAAGAAUACGUGAAGACUUUCUCCACCUGCGUCACGCACAUUGUCGUCAUUUCUGUCUUCUUUUUGACUGCUGCCAGCGUUUACAUUUCCUACCGAAUUCCAGGUACAUCUACGGACAUGAGGAUCAUGGCAGCACUUAUUCAGAAUAUGAUUCCACCUCUAAUGAACCCAAUAAUAUAUUGCCUUAGAACAAAAGAGAUUAGGAAGAGCUUUAUGAAAACUCUGAGAAGAAAAACAAUACUUACAACAUUAAGGUAA